AUCCAUAUUUUUGACCAAGAAAACAUUUUCCUCAAUUCUUUCAUGUUAUCAUAUUCGCCUUCUGUCAAACAAACGAAUCUUUGGUCAAAGUAAAAAGAACGACAUUUCUAGCUGGAAGAAUCGGGAGUUUUGAUCAGCAGAUUGUGGUCCGAUUCGCGGAAAAGAGUACCACCUGAUAAUGGGAAACUACAUGUCGCUUUAUGUGACCAAUCCGGAAGGAACUCCCAAGCCCCUCACGAAUUCCGCGUUCGAUGCAAAUUUGGGUUUUCCGAAUGGCCGGAAAGAAAGAGUGAUGAUUGCCACCGAGCAGGAGAUGGAAGCUGCCAAACUGCCACUGGAAGCCCGGGAUUACUGUGCCCACAAGCUGCUUGAAUAUAGUGCCUGCCGAACGAAAGUGUGGCCAUGGGCGUACAAAUGUGCCCAUGAGAAACACGAAUAUUUGACCUGCGAAUAUGAAGAUUACAUCAUCAGGAUGAAGGAAUACGAACGCGAGAAGCGAUUGCUCCACAGAAAGCAGAGAAUCGAAAAGAAGCAAGACAAAGAACUGCUCGCUUGAAGCGUUUCCUGCCCUUUUAUUGAGAAUUUAUGUUGAAUGUAGUAGCGGCAAAAAAAGGCCAACGUGCAACAAUUUUUCAAAUCUUCAACCGAUUGGUUCUAUCAAGCGUGAAUAUCCUAAAGCGAAAAAAACAUCGUUCGAGCAGUAAACGUAGAAUUACCUGAUUAACAGAA